AUGGCGCCCCUCUCCGCGACAGCGCUGCUUCACGCCGUCCUCAAGCGUGGAGAUACCACCGGUGUCGGUUCGUCUUGCGACGACAUCGACGGUCCUUGUCUUGAAGUCGCUUGCGCCUGGCCGCUGUCAGGUCAAUAUGGUUUCGGUCAGCGAAUCUUAUACUACAUCCUCGUCGUCGUCUGUGUUGUUGCAAGGAAGGAGGAAUGGAUAAGGGCUGUCUGUUUGGCCGCUGCUUUGCUCGUCCCAGCUGUUGCGGCCAUCCACGGCAUCGUCCUGGCGUCAUUACAUGUUGAUGGUGCCACAGACAUGGACAUCUACGGGGCCUUACAGUUCUGCUCCAUUGGAAUCUUGGCGGCGCCAGUCACCGUGAAGUUGUCUUCGACAUUCUUCUACGACCCUGGAAGGAACAUCAUCUUCCUCUGGACCGGCCUCAUUCUAGCUGGGCUUUUGAGCUUGGCGGUAGAGUUUUACCGCUCUGACACCCAUCCGUGCACCGAAGCUGGUCUGGGGAGCCCAAUCCCCUCGAGUGCCGGACGCUUUCCGUAUGAACAAGGCAACAGGUGUAAUCUCACGUGCUCCCAAGACGAUGGCCCUACUUCACCUCUACGACUUGGCGCAGCAAGCGAGAUCUAUGUCGUCCCCAAGCCGAGCAUCCUCCCCUUCGGCAUGGCCAUGUUCCUCGCAGCUGCGGAAUGUGUGCCGGCAAUUCUCUCCCUGGUUUCCAUGUGGAACAAGAUAUUGGAAAUUAAUUGGAAAGCACGACGAACCGGCACUUCGUCAGAGAAACCCCGGUCGGAAGACAAUGAUGCUAUCCCGGGAGCAAACGGAGCUACGUUUGGAAGCAUGAAAGCCGUCAACCAAGCUAUCCGGUCAAUGUUGAGUGCUGUCGAGGUGCCCGUAUUCGGGGGAGCUUGGCUGGCCGUGCUCAUAAUCGGCGAGAUAAACUUUUGGAGCCCUCAGGUGGACUACCACACAGAGCCCAUAGGCAGUAUCGUUCCGAACAGCAAGCUGCCGCUUGACGGGUAUCGGGUGUUGGACAUGACGAGAGUUUUGGCUGGACCAUACUGCACUCAAAUCCUGGGCGAUCUCGGAGCUGAGGUCAUCAAGGUCGAGCAUCCAACAAGAGGCGACGACACGCGAGCUUGGGGUCCUCCUUACGCAACCUACAAAGCCGACUCAACCCAACAAGGACCUGGUGAAUCUGCAUACUUCCUUGCAGUGAACCGCAACAAAAAGUCCCUAGGCCUCAACUUCCAACACCCAGACGGCAUCGACAUACUCCACAAACUCGUAUCAAAGUGCGACAUCCUCGUCGAGAACUACCUCCCAGGGACCCUCAAAAAGUACAACCUCGACUACGACACCCUCCGCGCCAUCAACCCGGGCCUCAUCUACGCCUCGAUCACGGGCUACGGCCAGACGGGUCCCUACUCGGACCGCGCGGGGUACGAUGUCAUGGUCGAGGCCGAGUUCGGCCUGAUGCACAUCACGGGCAGCCGCGACGGGCCGCCGGUCAAGGUCGGCGUCGCCGUGACGGACCUCACGACGGGCUUGUACACGAGCAACAGCAUCAUGGCGGCCCUCCUCGCGCGCGCCAGGACGGGCAAGGGCCAGCACAUCGACGUCGCGCUAAGCGACUGCCAAACGGCCACGCUCGCCAACAUCGCGAGCAGCUGUCUCAUCAGCGGGAAGAAGGAUUCGGGCCGCUGGGGCACCGCGCACCCAUCAAUCGUGCCAUACCGCUCCUUCAAGACCAAAGACGGCGACAUCCUCUUCGGCGGCGGCAACGACCGCCUCUACGGCAUCCUCUGCGACGGCCUGGGCCGCCCGGAGUGGAAGGACGACGCCAAGUACAAGACCAACGCGCAGCGCGUGGCCAACCGCGCCGAGCUCGAGGCGCUGAUCGAGGCCAUCACCUUCACCAAGACGACGGGGCAGUGGCUGAAGGUGUUCGAGGGCCGGGGCAUGCCGUACGCGGCGGUCAACGACGUGCAGGGCACGCUGGACCACGAGCACACGCGGGCGCGGAACAUGGUGGUGGAGAUGGAGCACGGCGAGUGCGGGCCGAUCCGGAUGGUCAACACGCCUGUCAAGUACUCGGAGAGCGAGCCGAGCGUGAGGACGGCGCCGCCGACGCUGGGGCAGCAUACCGGCGAGGUGCUCGUUGAGCAUUUGGGGCUGUCGGAGGAGAGGAUUGGGGAGUUGAAGAGUGGUGGUGUUGUGGGAUAG